AUGCGAGCCCCUGAUUCCACCACCACCUUGUGGUUCAUACUCCUGUCAACCUUUGCUGUUGCCCAGGACACCACCGCCCUCCCAACACUGACAGGCCUGCCAACUUUGGCACCGAGCGACCUUUGCGUGGAGAACUUUUACCUAUUACAUACCUCGUAUCCCACCCAACCAGCCGCCAUCGCCGAGAUCGUCAGUUCCAACUCGCUUGGCCAUGACCACGUCUUCGUGACAGGCGAUCCCAAACUCCAACCAACAAACGCUCACUCUGACAGGAGAGUCGUCUGCUCGGCCGUCGUCGCCUUCCCGACCAAGAUAGCCGGUGCCAUUCCACAAAGGUCCACGAGUAUACUGCAAGAGUUUGCCAUCUGGCAAAAGAAUGUGAGCUCGUGGGUCGAUGCAAGCAAGGAGUUGGUCAAGGCCUUUGCCACGAGCUGCUCCGGCGAGGGAGCGACGGGUGUUGCUGGGAACGCGCUUCUGAUGGUGGCUACCGAUGUUGACGCAUGCCUCACGGCUGCUGCAGUUGGUCUUGGGCCGACUGAUGGGUCGAAUGGCGUGGGUGGUCCGGCAUCAACGACGAGUACAGCGGGUGGACCUAGAGAGACUGGAGCUGCUGCCGUCGGUGCUUUGAUGGGGAUGGGAGUUGGAUUGAUGGGUAUACUUUGA